AUGACGAUAAUUCCAAAAGAUGAUCAUGUUGCCGCUAUGCGAUAUGCCAUGAGCUUAGCAACCAAGUCUCCGCCAAAGCCGACAAAUUUUCGGGUAGGCGCGGUGCUGGUGAAAAUAGACAACACAUCAAUAACUACAGACGGCUUUACGCUGGAAUGCCCCGGUAAUACACACGCCGAAGAGAGUUGUUUCAUCAAGCUUGCCGAGCAGCACUCCACCUCGGAAGAGCACCUCGCUGAGGUCAUGCAAAGCCCUCAUGCUCUCUACACUACAAUGGAACCAUGCUUCAAACGGCUCAGCGGCAAACUGCCUUGUGUUGAGCGGGUACUGCGGCAAAAUUCCUGGAUUAAAAAGGUGUACGUCGGGGUACCAGAGCCGGAAACAUUUGUUGGACAGAACACGGGCCGGCGCGUGCUGGAAGAUGCCGGAAUCGAAGUGAUUGUGGUACCCGGGUUAGAGGCUGAGAUCCUCCAGAUUGCCACCGCUGGUCACCUAGCACCAGAAGCGUGA